AUGCCCAAGUAUGUAAAAUUUCUAAAGGAUAUUCUGACGAAGAAGAGAAGAGUCAGUGAGACAGAAGUAAUUGUUCUAAUGCAAGAGUGUAAUGCGUUAGUCAGCAACAACUUACCCAAGAAACAGAAGGAUCCGAGAAGCUUCACAGUCCCAUGCUCAAUUGGAGGGUUAGAUAUGGGACAUGCAUUGUGUGAUCUGGGAGCCAGCAUCAACCUCACGCCCCUCUCAAUUUUCAAGAAAUUAGGAAUUAGUGAAGCGCAACCCACUUCUGUAAUGCUUCAACUCGCCAAUAGAACAAUCACAUGUCUGAAAGGAAAGAUUGAAGAUGUUAUGAUGAUGAACAAUGUCAACUUAGCAACUCAAUUAGAAUUGCCUGAAGAGGAAGAAGUUGACCAAGUUUGCGAGAUGUUACAAAGACACAUGCGGGCAAUAGGAUGGACGCUGGCUGACAUCCAUGGCAUCGGCCCAUUAUACUGCAUGCAUAAUAUUAGGCUAGAAAAGGGGAAAACUGGAUCAAUUGAGCCUCAACGCAGGCUAAAUCCUAUAAUGAAAGAAGUGGUGAAGAAAGAGAUCAUUAAGUGGUUGGACGCAAGAGUAAUAUAUCCUAUCUCUGAUAGCAGCUGGCUCAAUGCGGCAACCAAGAAAGACCACUUCCCUCUCCCCUUCAUCGACCAGAUGCUUGACCGAUUAGCCGAUAAGGACUUCUACUGUUUUCUAGACGGAUACUCUGGAUACAAUCAAAUUCUUAUUGACCCAGAAGAUCAAGAGAAAACAACAUUCACGUGCUUAUUUGGAACAUUUGCAUUCAGAUGCAUGCCUUUCAGAUUGUGCAAUGCACCAGGGACGUUCCAAAGAUGCAUGAUGACAAUUUUUUCAGAUUUCCUUGAACAGACCAUUGAAGUUUUCAUGGAUGACUUCUCAGUUUUUGGAGACUCCUUUCAAUCUUGCUUAGACAACCUAGAGGUCGUCCUUGUAUAA